UUCUUUUAGAAUCACUCAUUAUUCAAAACGGAAGUGUAUCACCGGAUAUUGAUGAAAAGGAAGCAAAGAAGAUGACGAAAUGAUCGGAGGGUUGUUUAUAUACAACCACAAGGGGGAGGUCCUCAUCUCCCGCGUGUACAGGGAUGACAUAGGGAGAAAUGCAGUAGAUGCUUUCAGAGUGAAUGUCAUUCAUGCACGUCAGCAAGUGCGAUCCCCUGUCACUAACAUUGCACGCACCAGCUUCUUCCACAUCAAGCGUUCCAACAUCUGGCUAGCUGCUGUCACCAAGCAAAAUGUCAAUGCUGCCAUGGUCUUUGAGUUCCUGCUCAAAAUGGUUGAGGUCAUGCAGUCUUAUUUUGGGAAGAUCACAGAAGAGAAUGUCAAAAAUAACUUUGUGCUGAUCUAUGAAAUAUUAGAUGAAAUUUUAGACUUUGGAUAUCCACAAAACACUGACACAGGCAUACUGAAAACCUUCAUCACACAACAAGGAGUCAAAUCUCAGAGUAAGGAGGAGACCAGUCAAAUUACAUCACAGGUUACAGGACAGAUCGGCUGGAGAAGGGAGGGAAUCAAAUACCGUCGUAAUGAACUCUUUCUGGAUGUUCUGGAGUCUGUCAACCUGCUUAUGUCUCCUCAAGGUCAGGUCUUGAGUGCCCAUGUAGCUGGAAGGAUUGUCAUGAAGAGUUACCUUAGCGGGAUGCCAGAGUGCAAGUUUGGCAUCAACGAUAAAGUGCUAAUGGAUACUAGAGGACGAAGCAAUAUGGAUGAAUCUUCUUCCAGAACUGGAGCUACCAGUGGAAAGAGUUCCAUAGCUAUAGAUGACUGCCAGUUUCACCAGUGUGUUAAGCUCAGUAAGUUUGAGACUGAGCACAGCAUCAGCUUCAUUCCACCAGAUGGAGAGUUUGAACUCAUGAAGUACAGAACUACAAAGGACAUUAGUCUGCCAUUCCGUGUUAUACCAUUGGUGCGGGAGGUUGGACGUUCCAAAAUGGAAGUCAAGGUCGUAGUCAAAUCCAACUUCAAACCCUCGCUACUGGCACAAAAAGUAGAGGUACGCAUUCCAACUCCACUGAACACCAGUGGUGUACAAGUGAUCUGUAUGAAGGGGCGUGCCAAGUACAAGGCCAGUGAGAAUGCUAUUGUGUGGAAAAUUAAAAGAAUGGGUGGGAUGAAGGAAUGCCAACUGAGUGCUGAGAUUGAGCUUCUGAACACCAGUGAUAAGAAGAAGUGGACCAGGCCCCCCAUCUCCAUGAACUUUGAGGUUCCUUUUGCUCCCUCUGGAUUCAAAGUUCGCUACCUGAAAGUAUUUGAACCCAAACUGAACUACAGUGACCAUGAUGUGAUCAAGUGGGUCAGAUACAUUGGACGCAGUGGACACUAUGAAACCAGAUGCUGACCAAAGACUGUCCACACACACAGAUUGGUCAACUUUGUCGCUAUCAAUAAAUACAUACAUAGGUAGACGGAUGAUUGCUGAACUGUAUCUAUUAUCAAGGGAACUGAUGUUGUCAUGCUUAUUUUUAGACUGAGAUUAUGUUUAAAUGAAUAUUGUAUGGUUGUAGAGAAUUUCUCCAGAUAGUGGUGACUUGGUUACAUCCCUUUAAAAAACUAUUAUUAACAUUUUGGUUUUUGAAACAUGAAUGAAUUGAAUUUGAAACAUUUGCAUAUUCCCUCUUAAAGUAAAAUAUGUCUGUGUAUUAGAAAGAAGAUUCAGUGUAAUAGAUAUAUUAUGUUUUGUAACUGAUCUAUCUAUAGGAAAUGUUAUAUUCAUGUGUAUUUUAAAGUGGGUUUCAACAAGGAAGCAGUUUUUCUGUAUAGAAAUCAAGGUAUUAAAAUUUUUUCCUCUAUUUGUCUAUUGGUAGAAAAAAAACUGUUAACUGUCAGUCAUUAUUCAAUUUAAAUUAGAACUGCUUUACAGAAUUGUUGCGGAGCAUAAUGAUGAUAAGGAAAUAUUGUAAAAAACAAGAUUCUUACUAGAGCAAUGCUGUUGUUUGGCAACUUUGAAAAUUGUGCAUAUUAUGAGUUGCGGUAUCUAUAGAAGUGAAAUUCUGAAUCAUUAUUUAAUAAAAGUUGAUUCCCAAA